CCUUGCUUGGCUAGUCUUACUUCUGGUUUUACAGAUUUGUUUGAAAUGGUCUAAACUACUCCGUUUCUCAGAAUAUGAGAAGCGAUUAUUCAUAGACUAUUCUACGGAGUUGGUUGAUGUUUGGAGCAAUGACACAAUGGACCACUAUCAGCAAGAGUCUGGUGGUAAGCAAUCCCUCUUAAGCGACCAUUCACGAGAACAGUUCGUUCUCACGCAACAAACAUCCGAGAGUUUAGCACAACGAGUGGGAAGAAGCUGUAUGGUGGAAGAAUACAGUGAGAGUACUGGAGAAGAAAGUAGUCCUUCUUGGGCCUCUAACAGUACAGGUAAUACUCCUUCCCCAGGGACUGUCCGACUGGCUUUUGAAUUUGGACAAAAAUGUAGUUUUAGUACAGACUACAUGGCUGAAUCUGUUGCCAGCAACUGUACUUUUACAAGGUCCAGAAGAUCAUCAAACAGUGAUGAGCAAAAAGGACAAAACAAGACAAAAAUGAGUAGUAGUCUGAGUUCUGAUCAGUUGGCAGACCUUAAAAGUCAGGAAUCAAAAUCUGGUACUCCUAACGAUUGGGUUUAUGGCGUUCGAGCCAAAAUUCGAAAAGGAUCGGGAGACAAUUUUAAGCUUCCAGGCGGCGCAUCGGUGGCUACUUCUCUAUCAAAAAGUACUGAAAAAUUCUCUCGAUUGUUGCGACGAACACGCAGCGCAGGUUGUUCUAAAGACGUUCCAGCACAUGCGCUCUUUCUUCGAGAGAAACUGCACUUUACUACCGAAACUAAGUCUACUGAAACUACAAUGACUUGUAAGGUGGAAGUAGAGGAAGAAAAGAAAAGUCACCGAAAGUCUCUGGCUCAAGAUAUGAAGCAGAGAUUACGUUUUCUACGCCGGAGACACACAGACAGCUCCAUCCAGUCCAGCAUAAGACCUUCUCCUGAUGAGGCAGGAAAAUGGGCAACAUCAUUCCAGGAGCUUAUGGCCAGUAAAUACGGCUCGGCGCUCUUCAGAGCGUUUUUGUCCAGAGAAUUCUGUGAGGAAAAUAUUGAGUUCUGGUUGGCUUGUGAGGAGUUUAAGAAAACCAAGUCAAACAAACUGCAAUCUAAGGCCCGAAAGAUUUACAACGAUUUUAUUGCAGUACAAGCACCUAAAGAGGUUAAUUUGGAUUCUACCACACGAACAGCUGUAAUGAACAAACUCUCAAAACCAGAUCAUCGUUCGUUUGAUCAAGCACAGGGAAGGAUCCAAGGACUGAUGGAACGUGACGCCUACAUGCGCUUUCUCCAGUCAGAACUCUACCUGGAAUUACUUCGGAACGCUGACUCUAUAUGAAAGCGUUAGAGUCUUGAGACAGUUUUCGGGUUGUUAUCCUAAUCUCUUGCCGGUUCAAGAUGUGUUCGAUUUGUAAAAAUGUCCUUGGUUAUCCAUCAAGUUGUAAAUACUUCCUAUUGUUCUUUCUUCUUCUUCUUUUAACACCCUAAAAGUCCUUGCUCUCUAUUAAUGUUGCUGGACAACAGUUGCGUUAAGUCUCCAUGUCAUGCUUACAAACCAGCCUGGAAAUAGAAGCGGGUAUGAGAGCGAAGAACUUGAAGUCUAUUGAUGAGACUGUUGUAAACUCAGAAGAAAGUGAAGUCCAAUCAAAUAAACUUGAUAAACCCGUUUUUAUUUAACAUACGUACAUUCCUAUAUUUAGUAAUUAUAUUUUCCCGCGACUACAACGGGGGAUUUGUUAACUUCUUUAAAAUACGAAUUAUUCUGUUAAGUCUACUUAGUGUUUUAGAAACAGAUAAAAUCCUAUCCAUAAUUAAAACACCAACUGUUAUUUUGUCUUAAAUCUACUUAGUGUUUUAGAAACAGAUAAAAUCCUAUCCAUAAUUAAAACACCAACUGUUAUUUUGUGUUAAAUCUACUUAGUGUUUUAGAAACAGGUAAAAUCCUAUCCAUUAUUAAAACACCAACUGUUAUUUUGUGUUAAAUCUACUCAGUGUUUUAGAAACAGAUAAAAUCCUAUCCAUAAUUAAAACACCAACUGUUAUUUUGUGCUAAAUCUACUGAGUGUUUCAGAAACAGAUAAAAUACUAUCUAUAAUUAAAACACAUUUUGUGCUAAAUCUACUUAGUGUUUUAGAAACAGAUAAAGUAUAA